AUGGCGGCACUAAAGGCAAAGCAACUCUGCAACCGGGUACAGACAGUGAAAGUGGCCGAACAGCCAGCCUUGGAAGAUGUAGGGGGAGCCCCAGAGGAAAAGAUAGUAGAGGAUUUGGAGAAAGUCCUGGUAAAAGAGGAUGAUCCAGAAAAGUACUUCCUUAUCGGUGAUACCUUGCUAGGCGCUGAUGAGAAACUUCAGUUGCUGGAACUGCUGAGGAAAAAUAAGGAGGUAUUCGCGUGGUCAACAUAUGAUACUCCAGGGUUGAACCCAGAAUUUGCUUGCCACAAGCUCAACAUCAACCAUUCCGUUCGGCCCGUUGUACAGAAAAGUCGGAGAUCCUCAGUUGAGCACACUGAAGCAGUAAUUGCCAAAGUCGAAAAACUCCUGGCUUCGGGAGCGAUCAGAAAAGUUCACUUCCUGCUGCCUCGCAUCGAUCAACUAGUAGACUCAACAGCAGGGCAUGAGCGCAUGAGCUUUCUGGACGCUUAUAGCGGCUAUCACCAAAUACCAUUGUUCGGUCUGGAUCAAGAAAUGACAACAUUUAUCACUCCAAGGGGAACUUACUGCUACAAAGUAAUGUCGUUCGACCUCAAGAAUGCCGGGGCAACCUACCAGCGAAUGAUCACUCGAAUGUUCAGGGACCAACUUGGGAAAACCAUGGAAGCUUAUAUAGAUGAUAUGGUAGUAAAAAGUAAGCUCGCUACAAACCACCUGGCAAACUUGAGAGAGGUUUUUGGCAUCCUGAAAAACCAUCAGUUUUGCCUCAAUGCCUCGAAAUGCACUUUUAGGGUAGGAACAGGGAAGUUCUUGGGAUACAUGGUCACUCACAGAGGAAUUGAGGUGAAUCCGGAUCAAAUCAAGGCAAUACAAGGUCUUGAAGCACCAACAAAGGCUAAAGAGCUGCAGAAACUGGCCGGGAUGGUAGCCGCCCUGAAUCGGUUCAUCAGCAAAUCUUCAGAUCGGAUGAAGCCUUUUUUCCAGUUAUUGAGGAAAAGGCUAGUGUUUGAAUGGAGUUCUGAGUGUACCGAAGCACUGCAAAGUCUCAAAAGAUACCUCAGCACACCGCCUCUUCUGUCCACUCCAGAACCAAGAGAAGAGUUGUACCUAUAUCUAGUAGUCUCAGAUCAUGCCGUAAGCGCAGUAUUAAUCCGAGAAGUUAACAAGGAACAGAGGCCAGUAUACUACGUUAACAAGAUUUUACUAGAUGCCGAGACACGGACGGCAAUCAAGGCCCAGGUCUUAGCAGAUUUCGUGGUAGAAUUUGCUCCCACCCAGAGUACCGAGCCAGGGAAUCCCAGUUCGGCACAGGCUCUCAGACUUGGUUGGAAGGCUUCAAACAAUGAGGCAGAGUACAAAGCGUUAUUGGUUGGCUUACGUAGUGCCGAACACUUCAGUGCAGAACAGCUUCUUGUUUUCAGCGAUUCACAACUGGUGGUAAACCAGCUUUCUGGGGUCUAUAAAACACGAGAUGAAAGAAUAGCCGUGUACGCAGGCAAAGCCAAAGACCUACUCAAAAAGUUUCAAUCCAUACGAGUGGAACGAAUUAGUCAGGACAAAAACAGCCAUGCUGAUGCUCUGGUUUGCCUCGGCUCAUCAGUAGAUACCAAAGAUGCUAGAAAAGUUUGGGUUGAGUUCGUGCCAGAACCAAGCAUUGCAUCUCCAGUCCUCUGCAGUAACCUAGAGCCGAGCUGGAUGGAUCCGAUACUUGCUUUUCUAAAAUCUGGUACUCUCCCCAAAGAUAAAAAGGAAGCCAACAAAGUCAGACAUAGGUCAGCUCGGUUUUGGAUCUCAUCAUCUGGGAAGCUGUACAAACGCUCCUAUCUUAGCCCUUAUCUUCUAUGUGUGCAUCCAAAUCUGAUUGAGAACGUUCUCUACGAAAUUCACGAUGGGAUUUGUGGAUGCCAUGUUGGUGGAAGAUGGUUUUUCAUCGCUGCAACCAACUAUUUUACUAAGUGGGUUGAAGUCGAAGCACUAGCAAGUAUCAACGAAGUGGACAAAAAGCGGUUUGUCAUGAGAAAUGUGGUGGUGCGUUUCGGCAUCCCGCGGGUACUGAUUGCAGAUAAUGGAACACAGUUUGAUGGAAAUAUCUUCAGAAAGUUCUGCGUCGACUUCAGAAUAGAAUAUCAGAACUCCUCUCCAGGGUACCCACAAAGUAAUGGACAGGCGGAAGCAUUAAACAAAACCAUCAUCAACGAAGUAAAGAAACGGCUUGAGCAUGCAAAAGGAAAAUGGAUUGAAGAGUUACCCUACAUACUAUGGGCAUACCGAACCACAGCACGGUGCUCAACGGGGGAAACACCUUACUCCCUAACUUAUGGAAUGGAGGCCAUCAUCCCACUCGAAGUAGGUCUCCCAAUCCUUCGGUCUGAAUUGUUUGAAAGCACCAGUAAUGAGGAAGCUAUUGCACAAGUGCUGGAUAUGGCAGAAGGCCGAAGAGAAGUCGCACUGAUCAGACUUGUAGCUUAUCAGCAGCAGCUCAUCAAGAGUUUCAACCAAAAAGUUUUCCCAAGGAAAUUUACACUUGGAGAACUAGUUUUGAGGAAAGUUAUGGAUCACAAAAGAGUGUCUGGCGAGGGCAAACUUGGGCCUAACUGGGAAGGUCUGUACAAGGUCGCAAUUGCUGCUGGAAAUAGAGCUUACUACCUAGAGGAUCUCAAAGGCAGAGCCAUACCUCGACCCUGGAAUGUAGCCAAUCUUAAGAAAUAUUAUCAAUAG